AGCCCGACGCCGCCCUCCAUCUCCACCAACCGCACCUACCACCAAAGGCGCCAAUUCCAAUGAUAGAAACUCGCAGCUUCUUCGACUGUUCAAGGCGACUCAAUACAAUUCUUCCCAUACUCCGCUGGAAGAAUUCCCUCCGAAUCAGUAUUUUUCUUGCGCUUCAAUCUCACCGAGAUGUCGUCUUCUUCCCCUGCGGUUCUUACUUGCAAAGCCGCGGUCGCUUGGGGACCUGGAGAGCCAUUGGUGAUUGAGGAGGUGCAAGUGAGUCCUCCUCAACAUAUGGAGAUCAGAAUUAAAGUUGUCUGCACUUCUUUGUGUCGCAGUGAUGUCUCUGCUUGGGAAACUCAGGCUAUUUUUCCUCGCAUUUUUGGCCAUGAAGCAUCAGGUAUUGUUGAGAGUGUUGGUCCUGGAGUGACUGAAUUCAGUGAAGGUGAUCACGUGCUUACACUAUUCACUGGAGAAUGUAAGUCAUGUAGGCAGUGCACAUCAGGUAAAAGCAACAUGUGCCAAGUUUUGGGACUAGAGAGGAGAGGUGUAAUGCAUAGUGAUCAGAAGACCCGAUUCUCUAUCAAAGACAAACCAGUUUAUCAUUAUUGUGCGGUUUCAAGUUUCAGUGAAUACACCGUGGUGCACUCAGGGUGUGCUGUCAAAGUCAGCUUGGCUGUACCUCUUGAGAAAAUAUGUCUUUUAAGUUGUGGAGUGGCUGCAGGUUUGGGUGCUGCUUGGAAUGUCGCUGAUAUAUCUGAAGGUUCAACUGUGGUGAUAUAUGGUCUUGGGACUGUAGGUCUAUCUGUUGCACAAGGUGCCAAAGUUAGGGGUGCAUCGCAAAUAAUUGGCGUUGAUAUUAAUCCUGAAAAGGGUGAAAUAGCCAAAACUUUUGGGAUCACUCAUUUUGUUAACCCGAAGGAGUGCAAUGAAUCCAUUCAACAGGUCGUGAAUCGAAUUACUGAUGGCGGGGCUGAUUAUGCAUUUGAAUGUAUAGGUGACACAGGGAUGAUAACUACUGCAUUGCAGUCCUGUUGUCAAGGUUGGGGUUUGACUGUUACAUUAGGUGUCCCAAAAGUGAAUCCAGAACUAACAGCCCACUAUGGAGUAUUUCUUAGUGGAAGAACAUUAAAAGGAUCCCUUUUUGGCGGAUGGAGACCAAAAUCUGAUCUCCCCUCAUUGGUAGACAUGUAUACCAAGAAGGAAAUUCAAAUUGACGAGUACAUCACACACAACAUAUCCUUUGAAGAUAUCAACCAAGCUUUCAGUCUCAUGAAGGAAGGGAAGUGUUUACGUUGUGUUAUUCACUUAUCAGCAUGAUUUUAAAUUAAUUAAAUCCAUCUUCGGUGCUUUUUGCGAGUUGUUCUAAUUCCUGGUUUUCUAUUUCGUAUUCUAUUUGCUGGGAGUUCUGAUAUUUGUACGCUUCGUUGGAUUGAAAUAUUUUGAGGUGCUUUUUUUGGGGGCUAAAGAAUAACAUUGUUACUUAGAAUCAAAA